UCCCUGGAUGGCAAACGAUACGUGCCUUCCUUAACGAGGUGAAAAACUUUAUCACAUAGGUAUUAUCCCUUACCGCACCACGUCACCAUGAGCCUGCUCUACUCGAUCCAGUAUUCGGACUAUUUCAACAAAUCCUGGCGAAAUGAAUCCACACUCGCGGGGGCGGCAAACGACAGUUCCCCCUCGCCGCCGUUCAUCGGUCCCGGCUUGAUGCUGAACGAAACGUACGAAAUCUACGCACCAAGCUAUCCGUACGUGUCCUCGACGGAGGAGCAAAAAUACAUCGACCAGUUGAGUGAACGACUACGGAAUGGCUCAAAUUUCACGUUCUACGGCGAUCCAAUCGGGGAGUGCACCAACGGGGGCUACUGGGGCGGAGUGUAUUUUGAAAUCACCAGCUACUUCCUGUACGUGCUGAUCUUCGUGACGGCCGUGAUCGGCAACUCGAUAGUGCUGUUCAUCGUGCAGUCCAACCCGCGGAUGCGAACCGUGACCAACUACUUCAUCACCAACCUGGCCGUGGGCGAUCUGACGAUGACGUUGUUCUGCGUGCCGUUUACGUUCAUCUCGUCCUUGGUUCUGCAGUACUGGCCAUUCGGAUUGGGCAUGUGCCGGUUGGUGAACUACACCCAGGCGGUUUCGGUGCUGGUUAGUGCGUACACGCUGGUGGCGAUCAGUGGCGAUCGUUACAUUGCUAUCAUGUGGCCCCUGAAGCCGAGGAUCACGAAGACGUGUUCCAAGGUGUUAAUUGGAAUUGUGUGGUUCAUAGCGUUGAUUACGGCUGCUCCCAUAGCGAUCUUCUCAACGCUCAUUCCACCGUCGGAGUAUCAUAUGAUGUGCGAUCUCAAAAUCUGCAAGGAAGAGUGGCCCUCGAAGGAACAGGAGAGCUACUACACGACCACCGUGCUGAUAACGCAGUUCGUGAUACCGCUGCUGGUGCUGAUCUACACCUACACCCGCAUCGCCAUUGUAGUCUGGGGAAAACGGCCCCCCGGCGAGGCGGAAAAUUCCCGGGACCAGCGGAUGGCCAAAUCGAAGCGUAAGAUGAUUAAGAUGAUGGUCACAGUGGUGAUCGUGUUCACCAUCUGCUGGUUGCCGUUCAACCUUCUAAUGAUGGUGGACGUGGACACCAAUUGGGAUCUGCUACCGUACUUGUGGUUCGCCUUCCACUGGUUGGCCAUGUCACACAGUUGCUACAAUCCGAUCAUCUACUGCUACAUGAAUGCCCGCUUCCGGUCCGGGUUCAUCCUGGUCCUGCACGGGGUGCCCGGUCUUCAACAGCUGUGCUGCUGCAUUCGGCACAAACCGAGCCAACUGGCACGCAAUGUCGGUUCCAGCGUGGCCCUCGCCGGAAUCGAUGAAGUAUCGCAUCUGCAUCGAGUUAACACAUGCACCACAUACAUAAGCACCAGGAGGAAGACCAAUCUCAACAUGCAUCACCAGGUUCAAUCGACGGAAACAUCCCUGCUGCGGUGAUACAACCAGCAAAGCUAUGACUGAAGACCGGCCGCUGCCGUCGCCAUCAUUCCCGGCAAAGGUGAACGUCCCACCGCCGACGCCGCCGCUGCCGGACAACGAGACCGGAAACCAGAAACUGCUACUGCUGCCGCUGUCGUCGUCCCAGGUGGAAACAGUGGAAUUCUGGUCGCCACCGCUGCAUUCGACAGAUCCAACGCAGAUGGUGGUGUUGGCGACGGAACGACAAAUCCACCACCUGGGCAGCAGGCAGACGGUCGCAUCCGCUAGGAGGAAAUGCUCCGGGCGACGGCACACGGACCAAUGGUUAUUCAAUAAGGAGGACGGAAUCGAUUUGCGUGAAAAAUUACUUAAAAUAAAAAUAUAUAUUUAUCAACAAUGUGAAAUUCGCCACCUGG